AUGCAAACACAAGACCACCAACGACGUUCACCGAAGCGUCAAGACACUUUCGACCUUCGUGACCAAAUUAUGGCCGACGACCACACAGCAUCCGCACAUAUGCAUGCUCAUGCAGAUGCAACCAAUGCUUAUGCGGGCGCUUCUGACGAGGAGCAUUCCGUUCUAGAAGAUGACUCUGAUGGUGAAGAGCGCGAGAUAGAGUACAUGGACGAAGACGACGACCGUUCGUCUUCACUUUCUAUUCCAAAUGAAUCUAUCGACUUUGAUUUGGUCUACUCGCUGCACAGCUUCGCUGCGACCGUCGAAGGUCAAGCCAGCGUCGUAAAAGGUGAUAGCUUGUUCCUUAUGGACGACAGUAACAGUUAUUGGUGGCUUGUCCGUGUGCUCAAGACACAGGACGUCGGAUAUAUUCCCGCAGAGAAUAUUGAGACGCCCUUUGAACGUCUAGCAAGGUUGAACAAGCACAGGAAUGUGGACCUUGCACAUGCGACCCCACAAGAACUCCAAGAAGACGUCGAACGCGUGCGGAACAACCUUUCUUCUCGCGCUGGCUCGCACCACUCCCCUUCUCCUACCCCUGGUUUCCCACCCACAGGUGCUGGGCAGGGCAGAGGCGUCACAUUUACAACUGCACGGUCCGUACACCGAUACCCGCCUGCUGUCUGGCAUGAAGAAGAGGAAGAAGAAGAGGACAUAGAGUGGGAUGAUGGCGCAUAUGAGGAAGAAGAUCCGGACCUUGCAGAAGAAUUGCUUGUUCGACAGCGACAAGGUCAGACGGACCGUGAUGAGCAGCAGGAUUCUAUGGGCAUGCAGAUGGAACCGGACGAUGGAAUGAGCUGGGAUGAUAGCGUUGCAGAAGACAUGCAAGCACAGAACGCGCAGAAGAAGAUAGAGCAACAGAUGCUUGUGACACCUGACGCUUUGCGACCUAGUGGUACACCCGAGAGACAACAGGUGCAGAUCCAGGUGCAACAGCAGCCAGAGAUAAUAAUCACUGAACAGAGGCAACAGCAGGAGGAGCAACAGGUGCUUGCUCAACAAGCUUUACGCCAUCAAUCUUCACGCGAUCGCAUCACUGUUGAUGUCCGUUCGUCUUCACCGUCCUCAUCUAGUAAGAGCAUUGAUCCCGCGGAGGUAACCGAGACAAGAAAACUCUCCGUGACGCCUUCAAUUGCUCGCGAUGAGCCAGUCAAACAAGCUCCAGCACCAAGCGGUCCCCUUCUUCCGAGCGCAAUCAUGCAGAAGCAGGAGAUCGAGCGGCAACGUACCCGCGAGGAAAUUGAAGUGCUUGAAGAAGCCUCGAAAAAGAAGCUCAAGAAUAAAGACAAACCUCUCCAGCCUGUCUCGAAUACCCCAGUCCAGAAGCCUGUGCAGGCGUCUGGUAAGCUUCGCAAAGAGCAACGUGACACGACAGAUGAUGAAGCAAAGGAGAAAAAGGAGAAAAAGAAAGGAGGCGUGUUCGGACUCUUUGGCCGCAAGAAGGAUAAAGGGAAAGAUAAAAGUUCCAUCGAGACCGCUUCCAAUGAAACUCGUGAGUCCCAAGAAUCAGGACGGUCCUCCAGCAACAUUCACGGACCCACACCUGAACCUCCAAUGUCUCCUGUCACUGCAUCAGCCAUACAACAACAACAGCAAGUUCUUCGCACGUCAAACGAAUCGAGGACGCCAACGAGACUUCAGUCACAGCAGGCACCUCAGACACCGCCACAACAAGUACAGGCUCAGGUAUCGCAGCAUGCUUCACAGCUACGCCAGCGUGAUCAGCAACAACAGGCACUGUAUCAGCAAUAUCUCAAUCGUUCGCCGUCAUCGCCACCGGAAGCGCCUUCAUACGGGUUACAAUCGGCUUCCGCUGUGUUGUCAAGCUCGAGUUCGUAUAGUACUUCUACUAGCUCUCCCGCUGGGCUUGGGCUGGGCUUGCCCUCCUCUAGACCACGGCCAGGCUCUAUCGUUCUUUCGCCCACUGCUGACGGACAAGGCGUUGGCGUACCUGAGCUCAGUGUCAUCCGUGUAUUUGCAGGCAAACACUUGCAGACUGAGGCGACUUUCAAGACUGUUCUUCUCAACGCAUCUACUACUUCAGCCGACCUCGUUCGUCAAGCUAUUCAACGCUUCCGUCUUCCCGCUGGCGAAGACGGAGCAGACUACUACCUCACUAUCAAACAGGUCGAGGGUUCAUCUGCGGUUCUGCUCCCGGAAGAAAAGCCUCUCGGAGUCUUCGAGUCGCUCGUAGAGGCUGCUAUGGAAUUACCAAAAGUCAAGCGGAGCAGUGUGGGCAGUAUCAGUUCCGUCUCAAGUAACCUCUCCAUGCAUCCCGCCAUAAAGAAGUUAUCCAUGAAUGACUUCAGCGACGACUCCGUUGUCAAAUUUUACCUCAAUAGACGCCGUGAUAAUGCAGAUGACAGCGCCACGACAGAAGAAGGCGACGAGACAGUGCAGGCUGACACGUCUCACGACGUAGCUGAGGGUCUUAACACCUCAGCGAACGGUGUCAACGUCACUCCUGAUCGUUUCAGCUCUCCCUCGUACCGCUUCACGUUGCAGCUUGUUAUCCACCCCGAGGACCUGCCCGAAGAUAUGGUCUUCGACCCAGUCACCGAAGCUAUCGUAUUCAAGAACACACUGCGCGAUAGAACCCAUUCUACAUCAUCAAUUUCUUCUGGUAUAUCACAGGGUCAGCGCCGCAAAGUCUUCACCUUCCCGAAGAAUGUCACCGUUGCUGAAGUGACUGAGCUGGGUCUUGAGCGCUUUGGCAUCUUGGAAGGCGUCGUUGAUGGUGGUGACGAAGUUGAAGAUAAGAUGACGAAGAGGCGAAGUGUCAGCAAAGUCCGAUAUGGUCUCACAGCUGAUGUUGGAGGGCAAGAACGAGAACUACCACCUUCAAGUAGAGUUACCGAUGCAUACACUCGCCCUCCCAGUUUCCGCCGAGCUCAGGAAGGCAAGCGCAGAUCCAUCGAUUCUGCUCAACUGCUUGGAAGUAUAGAUGAUGUUCAUAUCGACGACCCCGUUUUCAUUCUCCGCCGAGCAAUCUCAUAUCGAACAUCAUCGUCUCGUCACCGUAUGUCCGCACCCCUUGAUGAAAUCGCUCUUCAACAUUUCCGUGAUUCGGUUUCUGGCUCUAGUCUCAGCUCUGACAAUCAGACUUCGGGUACCGAAGAAGUUAAACCGAGGCAGCUGUCAAGACAAGAGAUCAUUGCAGCACAGCGUGCCGCAUCGCGAGCGAAUCAAAAGGCUAUUCUUUCGGCUCAGAUGAACUCUCUUCGUGGUGUAGAUGUUCUUCUUCCCGGAAACGCCAUGAUCCGCAGCUCCAGGUAUAACUCUGGAGACAAAAUGCGCUAUUCAUAUGUGCAAGACGGCGAGUCGUUUGAUAUCAGUGACAUUGUCGAGCAAGAGUUUUGCGAAGGCAACUCGGCGCAAAAGAACGACUUGUUAGAAGGCGUCCUCGGGCGCAAUAAAGAAGGCAUGAACGAAAAGAUUGAUCGCGUACUGAACAAAAUCAAAGAGGGGCGAGUUCACGCUCAAUACGUGGUAGCGGCUCCAAUUCAGUCGGACAAUCCUCCCUCUGCUGGCUCUGCACCCUCAGAGUACUCCGUCGAUGACGCCGUAACUGCCCGUUCUGGUUCUGACGGCAGGACUCCCACACCGCUUGCGAGUAGUGUCACUGGGGCUCGACGCGUUGCAUCACCAGUGUCCGACACAUCUCGGACACCGACACCUACCGCAACAGAUGGCCGACACAGCCGCACCCGAUCCACCACCCCAUCAUCAAAACAAGGAACAAAUACUUCUCGCCCUCUUCGUCAAUCGUCGAUCGCUUCUGUCAUGUCAGAAGUAUCGAUGUACGCCACCCCCACUGGACAGCUCAUCAGCCCCCCUGAAACGCCACGUACCGACAACGCCGCCAAACCGCCAGUCUCCAAGCGACCGUAUAUUCCCAAAGAUGACUUCGGUCUCUCGCAUAUGAUGGCGAUCAUUGAAAUUGCUGGUUCGGCACCCAAGGUUCCUCAAACCUCUAUACACCCAGUGGACGAGUCGCUGUUCGGGAAACCAAUAGAUGUGACAACUCUCCACCCGGACAUUCAAGAGAUAUACGCUGGUGCUUUCCAGCAACUCGAUGAGAUGGAUAAGACAUUAGAUGAAUACCUUCAAUACGUCAUUAGCGCUCGUUAA